AUGGACGAACUCCUCGAUCGACUCGGCGUCCAGGCUGUCAACUACGCGAUGCGAUGCGGCAUUGCUCUCACGUCGACAUUUGCAAUGAAACAAUGUUCUCGAUUAUUGAGAACUGUCGACGACAAGCCGCAGCACAAAGAGCUUGAGGCCCUCCAGAAAGAGCUCGACAGCAAGAUCAAGAUUGUCUCUCCGGCUUUGGAUCUCAUUGAGUUCAAAUCCGGUCGCGGCAAUGUGUUCCUAGGCAAUGCAGCUGCACUGGCCAAAGCGCUGCAUCGAGACAUUGUCGCCUUGGGGAAUCGUGUCGCGAAAGCUGCCGCUACUGAAGAGCAUGUUCAAGAACAGAGUUAUUUUCUCUCACAGAAUACGGAAGAACGCAACGUCGAGCUCCUUGCGAUCAUCCGCGACAUCAAGAAUCUUCUUGUCCACAUCGACAGCGACGUCCCCCUCUUGCAGCUCGCCAUCACAGCCUCUGGAGAGAGCCUCUCGGCAUCGCUUCCUCCGAGCAUAUCCCCGUCUCGACUUUUGCAGGCGAGCAUGUGUCUUGUGAUUGGAGACACACAGUUUUCCGGUGACCCCUGCCGUGCUGUGCAAAUUGGGCCGUCGUUUACACUGUCACUUUACAUGCUCUUUCUCGGCCACUCCACAGUAGGGAACGUUCCCAGCACUGCGAGACAUGAAGCAACAGACGACGAUCCCCCAAGAGACGACCAGAAAAACAGUCCAUACGGCAUUGGCCCCGGUGAGCGGAAGCCUAUCUGGCAGGAAGUCCUGCAUAAAGCGCGCGUCCGCAUCUGCCGGACGCCACCUGGUGUGGGGUUCCACCACAAACUAGGUUUUGUUCCCGCGGCAAACGAGACCGCGCAGGAUUUACUGAAUACUGGCAAUACAAUUUGUGGCAAGGCUUCUCUGGCUGGAGAGACAGAUAAAGAAGACGAGUAUUCGUACUUCCUGGAGAUCAUCGAAGACCUCGACGACGGCCGCGCACACGACGACAACCGGACCGGUGCAGCGUACGAUGGUGUACCGAUGGCUGGCGAGAAAGAGGCCAUCUCCAUACGUCAAAUCUCGAAGCUGUUUUACACGGACUCAGGGCGGAUCCUCAACAUUGGCAACCAAAACAAUUUCGAAAACUCGUCUGUCCUGUUGCUCAAACGUGACCUGACGGCCUCUUCACCAUCGAAUGCAAUUGCGAAUACACAGCCAGAGAAAGAGUCUGGGGACGAGGGAAAGCCAGACGAUGAAGACGAACAAAGGGACGUCGACCGCCAAAUACGGGAGGAAAGCAAACGUGACGCUGGGAAGCUUGCGGCUCACGCUGACAACCACCAAAACCAUGGUCGCCAAAUGUUCCCGAGCUACUUGGACCCCGAGUGGCUUGCACUAGAGGUCUUUGUUGAAGAUGAGAAUGACCAACGAGAGACGGACACAGACGACAGCGACGCAGACGAUGAACACGAUGACGAGAGUGGCAGUGACAACAGCAAUCAUGAAGAUAACGCAGUCAUCGCUCGCCCCACAAGCAGGAAGCGCAAAUCCGUCGAUACGCAUUUGGCACAGCAAUUGCACAACAUGUCUGUCUCGAGAACGGCAGAGGCCGUGCAUCAGCAGUGCACAUAUGGCGAAGGGGCCUACAGAAACAACAAUGCCCCUGCAUCAGAGACCGUCCCCCCACGUGUUCCUCAGUCUCCGUAUGGUUCCGUCACCUCCUCGUUGUCUCUCCUAGAGAUGCUGAUCCGCCUCGCAAGUCUCCAGCAGUUCCAGCAGACAUCGCAUCUCGCCAUUCCCGACCAUAUCCUCACCUUCUUCCUCGAGGAGACGUCGGCGACGGGGCUGCGAGGCGAGGCGCGGUUGCAGGCAAAACAGGCUGCCGAGCAGAGGAUGGGAUUCGACCCUUUCACAGACUCGCCGACAAAGGAGUAA